AUUUAGAAAUAUUCAGUAGUUAUUGGUGUCACACCAAGUUCAAUCAAUUUAUUUAAGUCAAACUAAUAUAACUGUACAAAUUUAAUAUUGUGAUUUUUUGUUAUUAUCAAGUGAAAAUAAAUCAUAUUAAACAUUUCAAAUUAUAAAUGACGCAUAAAUUCCAAUAGGUCGGAAGCAAGCUGUGUGAUAAGGAUUGACCUUUGAGUUUUUGUACACGCAAAACUAAAGAAAAGUUAGAGAUAUAAUGACGAUCAAAUGGAUAACGCCAACGAUAUUGCUCCUUAGUUUGGUAGCCGUAAUAAAUUGUGAAUGCAAUUCGACUUGCAUAGGAAAAUUCGUAACUAAUCCACAUAAUAGAAAAGUUGCAGAAAGCCAAUUAUCCGCACAAAUCAUAGCUUUAUUGGAACAUUACAAACAAAAUGAUCCAUGUGGCAUACCAGGGGCACCUGUACCGGAUCCAUUUUCAGUUCCAUAUAGCAAGCAAUCGCUUGGCAUGGGAACACUCAUAAUGAAGGAUACACUUGCACAUGGAUUAUCAAAGUUCCGUAUAAGAAAAAUGGGUAUUGAUGUCAAUCGAUUAAUGGUAAAAGCUGAAAUACAACUAGAUGUAAUGUAUAUAAUAGGUAACUAUACAUUGUCGUCGCUAUUUUCAUCAACAAGUGGACCAUUCAACGUAACCCUAACCAAUGUAACAGCCAAAUCGAAUGCGUCUGUCGCCGUUGAGCGUGAUGGAAAAAUACGGACCCAAGAUAUCGUUAUGGAUAUGAAUUUCGCUGGGUUAACGACAGACUUUAAAAAUUUGGGAUUCAUGGGAAGCAUUUUUCAAUCACUUAUUAACACGGCACCCAGUCUCGUGUUCGACACGAUGAAACCCUUUAUGCUGAACGAAGCAUAUACAAAAUUGCGCACUGAAAUUGAUUCAAAAGUUAACGAGUUAAUGACGGAUUAUAAACUUCCGAAUUCUAUUUCACCUUUGGAUAUGGCGAUAGGAGAAGCACGAAGAAAAGUUCGUGAAAUGAACUUCGACCCAUUUAUUAUCAAGGAUUAUAACCAUUCAGUUGGUUUAUUUUCAAUUCAAUUAAAAAAUUCAUGGAUGAGCGGUGUUAGUGGAUUUUAUCGUGUUGGUGAUUUUGGACUCAGUUUGGACAAUAAUGUUGUUACAAUUGAAUUGAAUCUCGGAACUCAAGAAAUUAUCGGGUCAACUGACUGGGAAGUUACUGUAAGUAAAGGAAUUAUCACUCGAACCGGUCACAUAAAAUUCUCCAUACAAUAUAUACAAGCAAAAAUUGUGUUAAGCCAAAUGUUGGACACAAGAAAUCAACCCCAAAUCAAAGAUUUGCAACUUGAAAUGGGAAAUAUUCAAGUUCGCAGUGAUGGAGCCGGAUUAAGUGAUUAUGUCAUUGAAUUUGUAAUCAAUAUAUUGCCAAAUUUACUUCGUUAUCAAAUAAUGGAUGCUUUGGAAAAUCCUGCCAAAACUAAAAUUCAAGACGAAAUGAACAAAAUCAAUGUGGAAAAAUUAAUCAAAGAUAAUAUUCCCAAUUUUGAGAAAUUGAGCCAAAAUUACACAAUCACUUUGGAUGAUUUAAAAUAUUAAUAAAUAAAUAUUCAAAUAGUGCAUUUUUUGAGUAUUUUAAGUAAAUGUCUGUUAAGUACAAGCAGUUGUGUGUAAUUUUGUUAUAUAAAUAUGUCAAAAAUCUUUCUCCAAUCAAUAACGAGUGACGUUUCUUCAUUGUCCUUAUUAUAAUAAAAGAUCAUUGGGUUUUAUAAUAAAGAUAAUUUAUAAAAGUCCAAAUUCGAA